UGACGGAGCGGUCACGUGACCGCGAGCCGUGCUGUCAGAUCACGCGUCGUCGUCGCUCUCGAUAACGGAGCUGAUAUGGGCAUGAUACGCGUACGUAUAAAGAAACAUAAUUUCCGGUAACCUCGCGCAGUGACUACGUCGUUAUUCUUCGUUCAUCGAUUUCGGUCAUCAGUGACGGCGACGCAUCUGCGACGAUCUCGACGGGAGGUAACGCAACGCACACAUCGCGGCAAGCAUUAACUACAAACAACAUGGCGGAGUCAUGCACCAGAGAACAACAUUUUUGGCGACAUAAGGAGACGUUAAAAGUACCCAUGUCGUUUUUUCGCGAUAAUCGCGAGCGACUCAUCUCACGUCUCCGUGCGAAGAAUGAAGUUUCUGCCGCGGGCACUUUCGUCCUUCUCCAAGGUGGCGUGGACAUUCCCUUCAACGACACUGACAUAAGCUGGCCCUUCAGGCAGGAAUCGUUUUUCCAAUGGUGUUUCGGAGUGGAAGAGCCAGAAUGUUACGGCGCUCUCGACCUGGACAAUGGCGUUUCAAUCCUCUUUGUGCCGAGGUUACCAUCCGAAUACGCGAUUUGGAUGGGCAAACUGUAUACCCUGGAUGACUUCAAGGAACGAUACGGUGUGGACGAGGCUCACUACACCGACGAGAUUGCGCGCGUGCUAAAGGAAAAGCAAGCGCGCCUUUUGCUCACGCUGAUCGGCAGAAACAGCGAUAGCGGCUUAUUGACACGCGUAACAACUUUUGACGGAAUUGACGAAUUCAAGGUGGAUAGUAGUAUUCUGUAUCCGGAAAUAUGUGAGUGCCGGGUAAUAAAGUCUCCUGCGGAAAUUGAGGUAUUGCGGUACGUGUGCAAGAUAAGUUCGGAGGCGCACAAGGUCGUUAUGCGUUCUAUGCGUCCCGGGAUUCCAGAAUACACGGCAGAAGCUUGGUUUUUGAAUUAUAUAUACGGUACGGGAGGAUGCAGGCAUGUGUCUUACACAUGUAUCUGCGGAUCCGGGCAUAAUUCCUCUAUAUUACACUACGGUCAUGCUGGCGCGCCAAAUAAUAAAGUAAUACAGGAUGGAGAUAUGUGCCUGUUCGACAUGGGCGGCAAUUAUUGCGGAUACGCGGCCGAUAUUACGUGCAGUUUUCCGGCCAAUGGAAAAUUCACCGAAGACCAGAAGCUAAUUUACAAUGCGGUAUUGAAGGCUCGCGAUGCGGUGAUUGCAACUGCGAAGCCGGGAGUCGCCUGGACGGACAUGCAUCUUUUAGCAAACAAAGUCAUGUUAAUAUCGUUAAAGGAGGGUGGACUAUUAGUGGGCGAUGUCGAGGAUAUGGUGAGAGCAGGUCUGAAUGAAGUGUUUCAGCCUCACGGGCUGGGCCAUCUCCUAGGAUUAGAUGUGCAUGACGUCGGCGGAUAUCUACCGGGCCAUCCUGAACGUUCGAAAGAGGCGGGAGUCAGGAAAUUAAGGACCGCUCGUACAUUGCUCGCCGGAAUGGUUCUUACGAUAGAACCGGGUUGCUACUUCAUAGACUGCUUGCUGGAUGCAGCUCUAGCCAAUCCCGAUCAGUCGAAAUUCCUCGUGCAAGACCAAUUACAAAGGUUUCGCGGGUUUGGUGGCGUCAGAAUAGAAGACGAUGUUCUUAUAACGGACACUGGAGUGGAAAAUAUGACAGAUGUUCCUCGCACGAUCGAAGAAAUAGAGGAAUAUAUGCAGAGAGAGAGAACGAAUUUAUAAUAAUUCGAAGAAUUUGAAAGAUUUUGAAGAUAUAGGAGUAUUCUUAAAAAAAAAAAAAACAUUAAAAA